AUGGAAACCUGGGGUAGUUGGACGUUCCAUAAAGAAAACGAACGUUUGUUAUCAGAAGUAUUGAACAAAUUCGAAACGGAUCAGAGCAAUUUAGACUCGUCGAGAAAAGCUGUUUUGUCUUCUUUGGCCGCUAAUUCGAAGGUAUGUAUACUUAUAUCUAAUAUGGUAAUUUCAAUAAUUUCUUACACAGUAAUUUAUUACCUAAUCUCCAAUUGUUUUCUCAAUAAAUGAACGAAUGAGUCGUAUACUAGUACCUAUACACUACCUAUAUAUUUUUAAAUUGUCUUUUAUAUAUUAUAAUAAUCUCACUAAUGGGUAGAAAAUUGCAUCUCAUAUGUAUAAAAUAUUUAAUAAAAAUAAAAAAUACACAUAUUGGUACCAACCUAAUUUAAAAUUUCAUAUUUUGAAAAGUUAAUAUUAAGCACUUUAUAGUGACUACGUUUUUAUAUUAUGAGUUGCAUUAAAAACCGAUUGGCAAUCAAUGUUGUCCUUGUACAUAUGAAGUUAUUACGGGGAGUCUAUAUAGGUCUCUAGGGACCAAUUAUCGUUGUACUGUGUACGGAGUUUUACCGUUAAUAAAAUUUUAAACAAACAGUUAUUUGCUGUUAAUUUCCCGUAGACGCGAGUUGAAAUCUCUAGUAGCAGCACCGACGAUAGCGAUGUUGACAACGACUUUAAUGCCGUUUUAACAUGUAUGCCGAAGAAUUGCACUGUUGAAAACGAAGAACCAAUUUUUAAAACUGAUGAGACUAUUGUCCACACCGAUUUCGACACAUUUGAUGGCGAAUCAUCUUUCUUAAGUCAGCGUCAGCAGCCGAGUAGUGAGUGUUUACCUGCUACCAUAAUACAUCAUAUAAUAAUGUAAAUUUUAAUUUGGUAGGUACCUACUUAUACAGUUAUACCUGUCUAUCGGAUCAAUAUGUAAAAUAAUAAUUAGUUGAUACCUACUUAGGUACUUAUCUAAUAUUUUAUCGUAUUUCCAAUUUUUUUUUUAGAGCAAAAUCAUGAAAAUAUAACAAAAGUCAUUAUCGAGCUCUUAAACAACGGAAACUGCUGCAAUUUACAAGAAUUGUGUUCAUUGUUGACGACUGAGCAGAAGAACCGAAAAGAUGUGUCGGAAAUUAUCCGAAACAUAUGGCCAGAAUUGGUCACGGACAAAGCUCGCCACGGUCUGUGUGAAUUACUAGUCAAAACCAAUGUAAGACCUCACAUCAUUUGCGAACAAAUCUACACGCCUUGGGUAAGUGGCUAAUAGUGUGAUAAACAUUAAAUAGGGCUCAAAUUUAAUUGAUUUUGCAAAUUUAUUUAAGUAAGAAAGCGUUUAGAUUUAAAUUUUGAAUUAUCUUUUAAGGUGCAUACCUAACUAUCUCAUGUUUCCAUUUUUCAGUUAAAAAUAUGUGAAUCAAAUUUGACUGGGUUCAUUGAGAGUUUGUCUAAAUUAAUUAUCCAUUUUCCGGAAUAUGCUUGUAAGUGUUUUAUUGUCAAGCUGCUGAACGACAAAGAUUCGAUUCUAGUCAAACACAUAGAUUGGCUUGUAGAAAUUAUGAAAUCUCUUGAUCAGCAAAACUGGUGUAAUCUGUUAAAGUAAAAACAAUUAAAAAUUAUAAUUUGUUAUUGUUUUUAUAAAUUAUAAAAUAAUUUUACAACAUAUCCAUAGUGAAUACAUGAAAAGCUGUGAUAGUCUAGGACAACAUGAAAUUAUGGUUUUAUUACAUUUGGUGAAAAAUUGUCAGAAAAGUUUGGAUGAAAAUGAAGCUAAAAAACUGGUUUUAUUGUGCAGAAAUGCAGUCCACGAACACUCUGCAAAUAGAGAAUUUGCUUUAUUCUUAACAGCCGUGAUCGGAGCUGUCGACAUUACCAAAUUCCGUCCAGAAAUGACCACUAUAUGUGCACAACUUAAAGGAGCUUCAAAGUUUUUGAUUAUGAAAGCUUUAAAAGAUGCAAAAUAG